CACACUACACCAUGACACACCCACACUACACCAUGACACACCCACACUACACCAUGACACACCCACACUACACCAUGACACACCCACACUACACCAUGAAACAAUCAGCAUCGCUCUUCCGGGUGAUGACAAGAGCCCCACCGUGUGUCGGACCCGAGCCUCUUACCACCUCCCUCACGCACAGUGCCAGCAGCCACCACCUGCCUACCUCCCCAUCACCCCCUUCAACAUGUCAGCCUGGAGCAGACCUCAGCCCUCUGAAGGGAAAACUCUCACACUACCUGCAGGGGACGACAUCAGUAGUACUGGGAGAGUGUGGCGGCUGGCAGCGGUGGUCCCUUGUGCUGUUAUCUUCUGCUCCAUGGCGCUCCUCCAGUGGCAGGACUACGCCUCCUCCCCUGUGUUUACCAGUUAUGAGUCACGUUACCUGGAGGAGGUGGUGUUUCCCGGAGUCACCGUCUGUAUGUGGCCACCUUUCAACCCUAAACGUCUGGAGGAUAUUGGUGUGAAAUACAACUUCUCGCAUCACUGUGUCAGAGUCUACAACGGCAUCUACUACAAGCUGAAGUGUGAGUGGAUGCAGGUGUACGAGGAGCUGUUGUGGGAGCUACCAGGGGCUGCGUGGGACCAAGACCUUGACCAGGUAUGGGAAGAGGCAGCCUGGAGACCCUCUGAUCUCUUCAUCUCCUACAAGAAACUGAGUCGUGAGUACAAUGGGGUCGAGAGGUGUACAGAUGCCAAGUAUUUCUGGCCAGCCGAGGACAGGUUCAAGCCUAAGUACGUCCACGACUGGAAGUGUUACCAAGAACACUUUAAGAUGUACGUGUUGGUCCACCCACCAGGACACCCGCCCCUCCUGAUGGACGGCAUCACUGCUACCCAGCUGGUGCCGACGGCCAAUAAGGUGAAGACGAGGAUCCGCGUGUCGCUGGACCUGUACGACCGUCUGAAGUCUGGCGGCUGCCGUGUGUAACGGAGGCGGAGGUGGAGGGAGGAUCGCAGGCUGUUUGUCUACAGCGGUGUGUUGCCCUCGCUGCCGUCACCCAACACAGCUGCCGCCUCCCCUACACUCCCUGGUCCUCCGCCAAGCUCUGCUCCAGAGAGCAGUACGUGAAGUUUCCCAAGUACACAGCAUCCGUGGUGGGGUCGCUGGCCAACCAGAGUGAGGUAGAGGCCGCCUGCCUAACCUCCUGCCCCGAGACCUGCCGCGUCCUGCACUACACCACCACCGACACAACUGACGCAGACAACAACAUUGAGGUCGCCUUCGAGAGACCCAUGUACAACCAGAUCCUGGAGUCUUGGUCAUACAGCAGUGUACAGCUUGUAUCCAACGUGGAGUCUCUAGCCUCUCUCUUCCUGGGUGUGUCUCUCUACCAGAUCCUCACCUGCUGUCUCUCACAACACCAAGACGAGGACAUCAACUAGUCUACCAUCUCUAAGGUUCCUAGGAGUGUCUCUCUACCAGAUGUCUCUCACAGCACCAUGAUGAGGACCCCAUCUAACAAAGUGGCUAUCAGAUUCUCACCAGAUGUCUCUCAUAAAACUUAAACUAUCUUACCCUAAGAACUUCAGUAAAUUCUUGAAGGGAGAGAGAGAGAGAGAGAGAAUGUGUGUGUGUGUGUGU